UAUUACAAGGUCAAAGUCUGAUGUAAUCCAGUAAAUAUAGGAGGAACUGUGACACGACUUAAGACUUUAAAAAAACAGCAACAACCAGCUCGUUAUUGAUCACAUUAUAGUAAAUACAGCUAAAAUUCAUUCACAGAUAUCAGGAGCAGGUGAAGUUUCCUUUUACAUUUCAUGCUGUGAGUCAUUUUGCUGGAAAGGCUCAAAAAAAAAAGAAAAAAAAAGAAGAGCAAUGUCAGAAUCUUUACCAACAUCAUCAAAAUUAAUACAGACGAGGAGACAGAGUAUGGAUAACACACUUGUAGAUAAGUUAUCCUCUAGUGGUCCUCUGGCUGAGAAGCUUAAGUGUCCAGUGUGUCUGGAUGUGUUCAUUGAUCCAGUCAGCACUCCAUGUGGACACACUUUCUGUAAAAGCUGCUUGAACCAGUGUUGGGACACCAGUCGGGAGUGCAAAUGUCCAAUUUGUAAUGAAACUUUCAGUAAAAGACCAGACCUCAAGAUCAACACAGCACUUAGACAAGUUGCACAACUCUUUGAGGAAAAGUUCAAUCUCAGGAAAUUGGAAGUUCUCUGUGAUAUUUGCCAUGAUGUUAAGCUGAAAGCCCUUAAGUCCUGUCUGGUGUGUCAGACCUCUUACUGUGAAACUCACCUGGAGCCUCAUCAGAGAGUCCCGAGCCUCAGGAAACACAAACUGAUGGACCCUGUGAAGGAUAUAAAGGACUAUAUAUGUCAGAAACACGAGAGACCUCUGGAGCUGUUCUGCAGAGAUGAUCAGACGUAUGUGUGUGUGUUUUGCACUGAUGGAGACCACAAGACUCACAACACUGCUGCUCUAGAGGAGGAGAGUAAAGAGAAAAAGACUCAGCUGAUGAAAACACAGAAAGAUGUGCAGCAGAUGAUUGAGGACAAAACCAAGAAGAUUCAAGACAUUGAACACUCUGCAGAACUCAGAAAAAAAAGCACAGAGCAAGAGAAAGCUGCCAGUGUUGAGCUCUGCACCGCUCUGAUGCGCUCUAUUGAGAGAUGUCAAACUGAGCUGCUGGAGAUGAUGGAGGAGAAGCAGAAAGCAGCAGAGAAACAGGAGGAAAAGCUCAUUCAAGAGCUGCAGCAGGAACUUACUGAGCUCAAGAUGAGAAACAGUGAGCUGGAUCAUCUCUUACAUAUUGAGGAUCACCUCCACCUCCUACAGAUUUACCCAUUCCUGUACAGUCUUCCACACACCAGGAACUGGUCUGAGAUCAGUAUGAACACUGAUGUGAGUGUGGAGACUCUGAAGAGAGCUCUGACUCAACUGCAGGAAACUCUAGAUGAAAAACUCAGUGAAACUGUGUUGAGGAGGAUGCAGCAGCAUGCAGUGGAUGUGACUCUGGAUCCUGAUACAGCUCAUCCAUAUCUCAUCCUGUCUGAUGAUGGGAAACAAGUGAGGCAUGGAGACACUGAGCAUGAACUUCCAAACAACCCAGAAAGGUUUGAUAACUGUGUCUGCGUCCUGGGAAAGGAGGGAUUCUCCUCAGGGAAAUUUUAUUUUGAGGUGCUUGUCAAGGAAAAAACUGCGUGGGAUUUAGGAGUGGCCAUAGAAUCUAUUAACAGGAAGGGAUUGAUUUCGGCUCGACCUCAGUACGGAUUCUGGACUGUGGCUCUGUGGAAUGAGAAUGAUUUUAGAGCCCAUGCCGAUCCCUCUGUCUCUCUGUCUCUGAGAGUGAAACCACAGAAGGUGGGGGUGUUUGUGGAUUAUGAGGAGGGUCUGGUCUCCUUCUAUGAUGUGGAGACUAGAUCUCACAUCUACUCUUUCACUGGUCAGUCUUUCACUGAGAAACUCUAUCCUUUAUUCAGCCCUUGUCGUAAUAAUGAAGGUAAAAAUUCAGCACCACUGAUCAUCUCACCUGUUAAUUACAAUGCCUGAAUUUGCACUUUAGAUACACAGUGACAGUAGAACUAUCAUUCUAAAAUUGUGUAAAUAUGUAUUUGUUGUGUGUAAUUUUUUACCAUUGCCCUGUGCACAGGGGACCAGGACCACUACUGAUUUCACCCAAGCCUGUUUUAAAGCAUCAACUCAAAUCUAAAUUCCAAGAUAUCUUAUUAAUUAAAAUUCUAAGCAGCUAUAAGGAUAUCCCGCUGGCCUGGGGCCAGUGUGAGCAAAUUAUAGACCAGUUAACAGAACACAGAUUGAGCUUACACAUCUUGUUGUCGCUGCUGUUGAUUUUCUGCUUAUCUUUUAGAAAUCGCUUUCUGGGCGAAAAAAAUCUUGAGAAC